UAACAUAAAGUCAUUUAGUUUAAAACAAUGGCACAGGCAGUGAGCACUCAAGCUGAUCUUGUUAAUGUCUUUGCAAAGUUAAUGACUCUCUAAACUAGAGAAGAAACUCAAGAGAGACCGUCACUGUGGAUACAGUAACACUCACACAACCCAAACAAACCCAACUGAAACUCAAACCAUUGCGACUAUACAUCUCAUCUAAAGUGUAAAAUACAUUUACAGUUGUCGAGUUUUUAUAUUUAUUUAGACUUUUUGAUGUUGUUGAGAUGUUGCAUUCACGCGCGUAAGGAGGAAUGUGGCGCCAUCGUGCGGAGAAGUUCAGCGUUUCCAACGUCAGAUAUUUCUCCAGACACAAAGGAGAGGUGAACUGCUGCGCGUUCUCUCCUGACUGUCGGACUUUGCUCACCUGUUGUGAUGAUGGCAGAUUGUAUCUGUGGGACGCAAAGAGCGCCAAACUCAUGAAAACUGUUAGUGGACACACAGGUCCAGUGAAAUGCUGUGUUUUCUCCACUGAUGGUCAGCUGUUUGCGAGUGCGUCUCAUGACUGUACUGUCCGACUCUGGCGCAGUGUGGGUGCAGAAUGUGUUUGUGUGAUGUCGGCUCACAGUCGCAGUGUAGAUACAGUGAGCUUCAGUCCAGACGGCCUGUGGUUGGUGUCAGGUGGAUGGGACACCAGGGCACUGAUCUGGAGCGUUCAGUCUGGUGAGAAGGUUCAGGAGUUGCGGGGUCACACUGCAGCUGUCCAGAGCAGUGCAUUCUCAUCAGAUUCACAAUGGGUGGCCACAGGUUCAUGGGAUCACUCAGUAAGAGUAUGGGGACUACAUGAUGAUAAAGAUGUUGUGACAUUGCACGGUCACCUUGGAAAUGUGGCCUGUCUCUGUUUUUCGGUCACUGGGAUGCUGGCCUCAGGUUCAUGGGAUGGAACGGUGCGCGUGUGGUUGCCGCAGCAACAGACGUGUCUGUAUGUUUUAGGAGGACGUGAGCGUGUAUGGGUCAGGAGUCUGGCUUUCUCCAGAGACGGGCUGGCUUUAGCAUCCACCGCUGAGGGUGACAUGGUGAGGAUCUGGGAUAUGGCUAAUGGAAACUGUCUUAAGUUGUUACAGGGACAUAAGGACUCAGCAUACGGGUGUGCGUUCACCCCUAAUGGAGAACUUCUCACCAGCGGUUCUGACCAGCUGGAUGUAGAAGAGGAACAGAAGAACAUAAAGGAGAUAAGCAAGAAAUGAAGAAGAUAAAGACUGGCUUUCAGCCCAGCUGAAUAAAACAACAACAAUAACUGUACAUAGUUUAACUACUUACAGUUUUUCUCCAUUGGUUUGGCUCAUUUCUUGAAACAGAAAUUACAUUCUCAAAACUCUAAGAUAAUUUGGCAAAACAGUCUUACAGUUCAGCUCAAGACUAUAGCUUGCUUGCAAAAGCUCAUAUAUUUCCCAAAACUGUUCACUCAUGCUUCAAAACUAAAUUCCUUUCCCAUAUAAAGAGUCAAUGCCACAAAAAUGGCAAAUAUCCUUUCAACUGCUUUGCCUCAUUUCUUGAAACAGACCGGACGUUCUUAACACUCUUGGUGCUUUUGUCAAAAUAAAGUGGAUGGUUCGGCACAACACCAUGGUUCACCUGCAAAAGCUCAUACCUCUCCCAAAAUAGUUCACUCAUGUGUCAAAACUAAAUAUCCUUCUCAUUUUAACAGUCAGUGCCCCCAAAAUGCAUCGUCCCUUUGGCAUUGUGUAAGCACUGCAAGUCGAAAUGUUUAAAUGUUUUGUCACUAUGGCAGGGGACUAUUGAAAUAUCUCUUAUGUCCAC